AACCUGUAUAAGUCUCGACCCAUUACAGGAGAAAGCGGCCGAAGCGCGGCUUGACGUUCUGCUACACAGGGCCCCACGAGCGCGGUCGUACUCAGGUUCCGGGGCUCGGUCUUGACGAGAUGGCGGAGGAAGGAGGGCAGGCCGAAGCCGAAGCCCGACGAGCGGGCGAGGAAGGCGAGCUUCGGCCGAGGGGCGCCGCGGAGCAGUCGUCGCGGCGCCUGGUGCUCCCCCAGUCCUGGCUGUCCCCGGCGGGCGAGCUGCCCGCGGGGCUCGGGAGCUGGUAUCCGGCCCUGGAGGUCUUGGACGUGAGCGGGACGGGGCUGUCGGUGCUGGGCCCCGAGUUGCUGGAGCUGGCGCAUCUGCACACGCUGCUGGCAAAGAACAACCGGCUGGGGUGCCGCGGGUCCCUCCCGAAGGGCCUGGCCAGCGCCCCCCUGGGCCAGUCCUUGUGCGUCCUCAACUUGAGCGGCAACCGGUUCACGCACUUCCCCGCCUCGCUCCUGGGCCUCUCCCGCCUCCAGAGCCUCAGUUUGGGGAGCAACCGGCUCCAGAGCAUCCCCCCAGCCAUCCAGGAGCUUAGCAGUUUAGAAUUUUUGUAUCUUGGAGGAAAUUUCAUUACUUCCAUUCCACCAGAGUUAGCAAACCUGUCUUCACUAAAUUACCUAGUCCUCUGUGAUAACAGGAUACAGAGUAUUCCACCUCAGUUGGCACAGUUGCAUUCACUUCGUUCUCUUAGCCUCCACAAUAACUUACUGACAUAUCUUCCUCGGGAGAUCCUGAAUCUAGUUCAGCUUGAAGAACUGAGUUUGCGUGGGAAUCCUUUGGUUGUGAGGUUUGUCCGUGAAUUGACCUAUAAUCCUCCAAGCCUUCAAGAACUGGCUGGACGCACUAUCAAAACUCGCAAUAUUCCUUAUGUUGCUAGUGAUCUCCCUGGAAAUCUUCUUCGAUAUUUGAGUCUGGCCAGCAAUUGUCCAAAUCCUAAGUGUGGAGGAGUCUAUUUUGACAGCUGUGUCCGCCAAAUAAAAUUUGUCGAUUUCUGUGGGAAGUACCGUGUUCCACUGAUGCACUACCUUUGUUCCCCAGAGUGUUCUUCCCCUUACAGUUCUGCAUCUCAGAGUUCUAAUUCCCAGAGUGAAUCUGAUUCAGAAGAUGAAGCCAUUGUUGCUGCACGCAGGAUGCAAAAGGUUCUUUUGGGAUAGGAGGAAGAGAUAAUACAAGAAGCAAGUGCCUGAUAUCCUGUGGAAUGGGCUUGCCUAUGUUAUAUCAUUCACAGAAAAUGCACCUGUAGAAUUAUCCAUAAGAAAGCCACUAAAUGCCUUAGGGAGAAAUUAGUAUAAAGACUUCUUACACCCUGCUGUCUGGAAGAACACUCUUAAAGCUUGAGUUGUUUCAGGAAUUCUUGGUAUUGGUGACUUGUUAGAGAUAUUUUAAACUCUUCAUCUCUGAUACUGGCUUUGAAGUGGAUUAUCUUUAGUCACUGAGAUAACACUAAUACUUACCUAAGAAUACAGGGUAGGAGUUCUUUAUUAAUGUGUUAAGCAACUAUUCUACUUGAAUAUUGGUCUUCCCAUAAAGGUGCUUGGGCUUUAUAUAUUUAUUUUUAACAAACUUCCUCCAAAAUGCACAAAUAUCAAAAUGUGUUACUUCCUUCUUUAGUUGGCUUUACUGCCUAUGAUCAAGUGCUAUGUUAUAACAGCAUUAAUGUGCCUUUCCAUAUUUUUAUACCAGCUCCAUUUUUCUGUCUUUCAGUGCAUUCCUAAAUUGUACCUCCAAAUAUUUAGCAGCAAAAUUAUUGCUUUUUUGCUAUUUUUUGACAAAGAACUGAAAUAGGUGUGCAUGGCGAAAGACAGACAAACAGCAAAACUGUAUUUUGCCAGUUAAAUUGUCCCAACUUCCUCCACAGGAGCUAAAUUCAGUGGGCUGCUGCAAUGCUCCCUAUGGCUAGUGCUCUUGAAAGUUGUGGUUCAGCAGAAUUGGAAAAGUUUCCAAUGCCUGUAUUAUGCUAUCAUCAUUAGUGCCUUCCUUGGGUUUUCUUCUUGAAGCCUGCCAUUUUCUAACUUGUGAGAAAGAUAAAGAAUUCACUGUUUCAAAGUUCAUUUAAAGCAAAAUUGCUUUAACAUUUUAUGUUAUGGGUCAUAUUUCAUUAUAUGUAAUUAUCUAUGUAUCUAUACGUUUAACAUAAAUAUAAAAGUCAGAUUUUUACCAACCCAUUUAUUUCUUCCAUUCUCUUUACUGCAAAGUUACUUACAUUAUAUCCUUCCUCUCUUCCCUUGUUCAUACUCACAUUAGUUUUUAUCAUAUGUGCAUUGCCUUUUUGCAAGACUCUGACCCAAACUUCCUGCCUCUCAUAUUUCUAAGCAUGUUGAAGUGUUGAAGAUACCUCAUACAUUUAGGGAUAUGUCUAGUCUCUACAAAAGAUAAAUAUUCACAGAGGAGUUACUGUUAUUAGGUAUCAUUAGGUUUAUCAGUGACAGUUUUGGUAAAGUUAUGCAAUCAUUUUUCAGCACACAACUCCCUUCUUCUCCACAGGAUUGUUUGGGCUCUUCAGUCUUUCCAGAAGCAGUAUUUAUUUUGCAGAUUGAAUGAGUAUUAUCAAUAGUAAUCACAUGUUGAGUGCUAAUUAAAAGUAAUACUUUUGCAAUGGACAGACUCUUUUCUGAAUGAAGUUAGGAAUGCUCUCAGCUUCAUAAAAAUCUAUAUGUAUAAGUGAGACGGGAAUCUCACAUAGAAAGAUCCCGGCAUUUUAGGGAGAAAGGAAUGCAGUAUUAUUACUGAGACCAUUGCAAGAUUUGUAAAAGAAAUUGGGAUCUACAGCUAUUUGUACUUUUCCAUUGCGGCUUCUGCCUCCAGUGAAAGAUUUUCUGUUUGAUAGGAUUGGUUUGUGGACUUGCAUGGAUACAUAUAUAUCAUUUACUCCCAAGUCUUUGAAAUGGCUCAUUUCAGAACCAUUCCAGCCAUUUCAGUGGUUGAUUUCAUACACAUAUAUAUUGUAUAUAUAGAAAGAAAUCAUAUGGAGUGAAUGUGGUAUGCAUCCUUUGCCAGAAUCCCCUAUCAGAUUAAUUUAUAUUUAGAUUCAGAUGUCAUUGAACUCUGGUUUCCACCAACCUCAGCCAACAACAAUACAAUAGUGUACUGCAAGAUCCUUAGCAUCUAGAGAACAAGAAUGAUCUGGUUUUACAAAUAAUGUCUUUAUAAGCAUUAAGAAAUGCUGCUUUUAAUAGCAAUAUAUAUUUUCCCCUUGUUCCCUUGUUAAUAUAAUCUAAUUUAUUAAAAUGAUCAAAAGGAAAAAUCCUUUAUCAUGACAUGAAGUUUUAAUUUUGCAACCUCAACUAAGAAUUAACUCCUAUACCUUCACUAAGGCAUGGAAAUAGAUUUAAAGGGAGUGUUUUCAGACCUGAAUGUGAUUACUAUUUCAUUUUAGCAUUAUAGUUACUACUGAUGCAUGUAGGCAUAUAUUCAUUCACUCUGCAAUUUCCAUCUUGAGAAUGAGUCUCAUACUCCUUUCCUCUAAACGUUUUAUGUUAUAUCAGCCCAAUGCAUGAUUUUGGAGAACUUAGAAUGUUUGUAAAUUAUUUGGUGACAUUUAUGUUGAUUCCAAUUAAGAUACAAUCUAACUGAAUUUUAUUGUUUUUCUUAGGAAUAAGAUCUCUAUUUUUUUCUCUUAAUUUAUUAAUGAUUUAUGUGUUUAAUGGAAUCUUGAUACUAUUUGAUGUCAGUCCUAUACAGGUAAAACCUAAUAUUGAUUUUUGUUUAAUCUGGCAUUUUUUGAUAAUGAGCUUAGGCAAUUUUAAAUUUUCUGUUUUUUCCAUGAUUGAUCUUAUUCUAAAUUGUGAUUGAAAAUAUUGUUUGUACAUGUGUAUUGUUUGUACAUGUGCUCCACCCACAGGCCUGCAAGAUUUCAUUAAAGCAUUAUUUAGA